UCAAACUGAAAAACCCUGUCGGUAUUGAUUUCAAAAAGUUUAAAUAAUGCACAAACUUUGCAUUUGAAAGGGCUUGAAAACAGCAAAAUAUGACAGUCUUUCGCACCAUUUAUCCUGAGGCGAGUGUUCCUUGUUCCAUGCUCUGAGUGAGUGGCUAAUUUCGAUCGUUUUUUGAGUUAAUCCUAUGAACAAACAACCAAGUGUGACUGUGAGUGAAGUGUAGUGCGCUGGCAAGACUGGUGUCACUUUAUUGACGUGAGAGUGGCGCGGAUGGGUGGAUAUAUGAGGCGUGAAGUCCAUCAAUCACUGUCUGCUGUUGGAAAAAACACCAAGUCGCAUUUUGCUGUCGAACUUUACUCGCUUAUUAGAAGCUCGGUAACCUGGAAGAAAAUUCACCAAAAGGUUUUAUGAAUUCUAUGCCUCCUUUAGUGUGUUAAUCUUUAAAACGUGACGGUUUUAUUUGGCGGAGGGUUGUGACAUUGUGUGUUCACAAAUCUGGUUAUCUCUGUGGUUUUGAACCGAGACACUGUGAAGGGCCAGCUGGUUGCCUUGGUUUUAUUGGAAGUUGUACAACUUCAGUUGAGCAAGUACAGUGUACAUGUAUGUACACUUAGUUUGUUGCAGUAAAUUCAAAGGUGAACAGUUGUCAGCAGUUGUCACCUUGGUUUUAUCAAGAGAAAUACUGGAACUCGGGAAGCAUCCCUUUGCACUUUGUGUAGGCCUACAACAGCUCCGACAGAAUAUUCUCAGACUUGCUGAAUUCUCUCAAUAUGGAAACCCACGCUGUAGCGAGCCCACCAACCCCACAUGCCCAAGCAGAUUGUUAACUGUUCAAUGGAUCUUACGUGUUUUUUCAAUGCCUUCUGUCAACAAUCGUGGCAUCAUGUUGGAACCUUUCACAAAGGGCAUUGGUGCUAUCAAGAUUCAGCCUGGGCUUACACGUAGUCACCACAUCCGAACAUCGCUCUGCUACUAUCUCUGUCACAUAAAAACCACUCCUUGUACAUGAAUUGUAGCUCUAGGACUGUGUACACCAUAGGUGUACAUGUAAGUCAACAGAAAGGAUUUUACAGCAGCUGCUGUGCUCAGAUCAAACAGCAUAGUCACACAGGAAUCAAGUAGACCUUACCAGGCUGAAAUGAAGGAUUGUUUGAACGAAGGGAUGCUACAAUAGGGUUGGUUUACUUACACCUAAUGACUCUACAAUGAAUUGUUUGUCAAGAAACCUACAUGAAGUUAGUCAAGCAACAGGUACAUGUAACUUGACUAUACUGUAACCAGAUAGGCCUGCAUAUCGGCAUAAAUAAGGCCACAUCAGCAGCUAGGACAAGAGCCUAAUAAAAGCUUCAGAGCACAGGACAAUUAUGAUUUUUAUUUUUGUCCAAAUUACUUCAGCCGUGCAUCAUCAGCACGGCAAUUGUCAGGGAUGACGUUCGCCAAAGGAUACAGUGUGGAAAUGACCGUGACUUUUUUUCUCUUGCUUCUGCUGGCUCAGUGUGGGUAAAAUUUCACGCUUCAUUGGAGGGAGUUUAUACAGCGGGGAUAUUCACCUCCUGGUGUUAAGUUACAUGCACUGCUGGGAAUAUUAACUGGAGAGUGUGGAAGGUACUUUAACAAGCUGGAUUGCUGAUUCUACCGUGGGUCAAGAGUUGGUGGUGGUUUAGAACAGAGAAGAGAGUGUCAAAUACCAGCAGUAUGACGGUGCUUUUGUCUCAACAUCCACGUGUUUGGAAUUAACAUCAAAGAUUGGAAAAGUGGAAGCUCAUGGAUGGUUGAAGUUUGAGCUGGAAUAGUGCCUAGGUUUUAUGAUUGUCCGAGUGCAGAUAGAAUGAUAUCACCAACAUGUACCAGCCUCUGGCUGAGUACAUGUGAAUGGACAUCUCAAAGUCUGAAGUUUUGCGGCAGAAGACUAAAGUUUCUUAAUCUACUGUGACAGGCCUGAUGUGCAUGGAUGUACAUGUGUAUCGCAAGUGUGCUUUCUACUCUAAAAACUAGAUUUGGAAAUCAUUCAGACCAAUCUUGAAAAUGGAAUUACCGGUAUUUUUUCAAAUUGCGACCAAGCAAGACUUGGACAGGAAUGUUACAAUCAUGUCUGUAAGGAGGUCCUUGGAAUUUAUCGAAAUCUAACAGUGAAAAGAUGACGUAAUGAGUUUCAACACUUUUGAGGAGAACUAUGUGAGCAAAUCCUCCAGACAGAGAUGAGUUACAUGUACCUCUUCGAGCCCCUGCCUACACUCCAGGAAGAUGAGGAGUUGGUCUCUCUGAGGGAUAUCUUAGAUCUCCGUCAUGGCUGUCUCCGGGAGGUGGAGAUGUGGGCAGUGUGUAAGGAAUGCACUCUAUCAUUGGAUGCAUUCCGGAGAGCCUCAGCCGACCAGUUCAGCAAGCUUUGUCUCUGUCUGGACACAUUGGCUUUUGACAGUGGAGGUGGUGUGUGCUUCAUUGAUGCAGAUGUAGUGGAUAGUAAGUUCAGACCACCUGAGUACUCUGCAAAAAAGGGAACCUCAGUCAAGGGUCAUCUUUACUCUCUGGCACUCACCCUCUUAGAAGCGGCCGAAUACUGUGUUCAUGAUGACAGCGAAGCUGAGAUCAGCCAGCCGUUGUAUGAUCUGGUCAAACAGUUAUCGUUGGAGGAUCCCAACCAGAGACCCGAGGUUCCUGAGAUCGUGAAGACGUGCGAGAGGAACUUACAGGACCCUUCCACUUUCAUCUGUCGGCAGCUGUCAUCAAUCAGCAGGCGGAGAAUAUCAAUAGAUUCCUGCUAUGACCUGCCAGUUAAUGACGAAUCACUCUUGGUCAGAAGACGGUCAUCUACAGCCAAUCAGGUGCUCUUCUCAAGGAGACACAGUCUAAGCAAUGGCACAAGUUGGGAUUCCCUCAGCCCAUCUGAUGUUUUCAACAUCUCAUCGUCAGCCUCUCCCUCUCCAACCGUUUUGAGAAGCCGCAGCCCCAUCAACUCCAAAACUGCAAAGAUGGCCGAUGAGAAACGAACUGGAGUUUUAGACCCUGCCGAAGAAAAGCCCCUGAGAGAGGCACCAACAGUGGCAGCUCUAAACAACCUCUCUCAGCGUGCCCAGGAAAUUUUGAAGAAGAUCUACGCCACAAAUGAGAACCAGUUGGGAGCUUCAAAAAACUCAAAUGGUGCUGGCGAAAAUAUACCUGAGAAAAACUGGUCCCCUGUCAUGAGGAGGCAUAACAGUGUAGCCAGCAUGGGAGAGUCAUAUGCUGGGAACUGGCUUAGGUCUAAGAGGAACAGUGAUCCCGUGUCCUCUAAGAAUGAAUCUGAUGUCCCGUCAAUAACUGUGUCGACAGUGCACACAAAUGGAGACGGGGUUAAUGUUGAGAGUUCGCACUCUCCAAACUCAGUCAAAGUGUCUGCUGCCCUGGCCAGGUUCUUGAAAUCACGUAAGCCACAGAGUGAAGGAAAGAUUGACGAAACCUGGACAGCCGAACAGAUAGGGUUGAGAGGCGAGAUGGUUGCAGAUGCAAAAACUGAAAGUGGAGAUGAGAACUCAGAGAGCACUGAGCCCUUGUCUCCUCUUGGAACGGACGAUUUCUCGAUGCUGGAAGGGGAUAUGAUCUUAGACGAUCCCUGGCUUGAUGAUGAGGAAUCAGACCCAGAGAGUCCAGUGCAAUUCAAGCGGACAUUACGAUCCCACAGUAUUGCUGCAUUUCACUCCUUUGAGCCUCGCUCAUCAGCUUUCCGUGCAAGCCAGAGCCACUCCAGCAGAUCCAACCACAGUUCCAAAUCCAGCCGCUCAAGUCUUGACAACAUCACUGAAGAGAGGAGUGAGAACCCUGCUGUGGGACCCAAAAGCAUUGCAUCCAAGAGAUCCAGACGGAAAACAGAAUGCCUCUCGGGGACAGACAUGUCUUACAAUUCCAUCCGGGACUUGAAUAAACUUCAGGACUUCUUUGCCAACCGUCGAAGCAGCAUUGCUGAUUUUAGGACUCCUGCCAGCCUGGUGUCUUCAGCGACUCACUUUACCCCUAUUGUCGUCGCUGAUGAGAAAUCUGGUAGCACCAAGAGUCUGACUUGUUCCACCAGCUCUCCCAGCGUGGAAGAGGCCAAGGCUAAGGCCAAGGCUGCCAUGGAGGCAAUCAAGAUGGAUCUGAAAGGGCCUAAGAAGGAACCGCCACCUUCUAAUAUGCUGGAGUCACUGGAAAAUGAUGCCAUGGCCAGCACUGCUCCAUCACCGACUGAACAGACUACUGGAGAUACUGAAACAAGUCUUGCAGACUCAGAAAAGACAGACAGUAAGAGUAAAGAACAGUCUGUCCUAGCUGUAGAGCAAUCACUUCUAACUAAUUCAAAGCCAUCAAGUGAAAUUGUCAUAAAAGACAAAAAUGAUGAUAAGCAAACUACAGAUGAAAACUCAAACCUGCCAGAGGUGCAGAAUCCCCCAUCUGAUAAGCGAAAAUUUUCUCUGGAAGUGGAGGCCAUCACAUUGAAGGGUGGUUCCCAAACUGAUCAUAGGCACCUGUCCAAAGACAGCACCAGCAGUGGAGAGACUCAUGUACAGAAAGCUAAGGUGAAAGUUGUACAAGGGUCGCCAAUCAGUCGCGAUAGUGCUUUCUCUCCAAUCCAAAAGCCUCAUAAGUCAUCAUUUGAAUCUCAAACGAUACCCAAACCUGAACAAAUACAAACCAUAGCUGAGAUUCUAUCUUCAACUAGUCAAGCCUGUACAGCAAAGCCCACAGUCACCCCACCAAUGAAUAACCAAACUCUGUUAGCCCAUCAAAACAAUACCUCAGAAAUAGCCAAUCAGUUGCAGACUGUGCCCACAAGUCAGUCCCCUGCCUUUGCAGCUAUUUAUCAAAACAACGUCCUUGGUCAGAUGUCACCGUUGAGGUUAGCAAGUCCCCAAGUUUCACAUCCAGCAACCAACCCCACCGUCCUCACUACCACACCGGGCAUCUCAACAACACCUGGUGGGAUUGUCAUUCCAAGCUUCCCCCUCAAGGUCCAGCUUCAGCAGGACCCAGCCACUGGGCUAUUUAAUGUUCUCCCCGUAGACCUUCAGGGCUCGCCUGUUAUUUGUCAAGGGUCACCUGUAAUAACCCAAGGGUCACCUGCUUUAUCUCAAGCCUCUCCUCCUACCCAGGGAGGUUCUACCAUCGUACUAGGUGAGAUAUCCUCUGCUAUAUCUCAAGGGUCCCGAGCAAUUAAUUCAGGCUUGGCUGUGAGCAAAACUCCAGCUAUUGGAAACAGUAAAAACUCCACUGCUUUUGAUGUCAAGGCAGACAGUCAGAAUUACUGGACUAGCCUGAAAAGUCCUGGCGCAAGCAGUGAUGGAGAGAGCACUUGUAUUCCUGUGACCCCUGAAAUGCCUCGGAAAGAUAAUGCAGAGCGGAAACAAGAACAGCAGAAGAAGCGUCAUGAGAAAGCUAAACAUUUUGUGUCACCAUCCAAAAGGAUACCUGCCAAAGGAAAUCGGGUCAGUGAAUCAGAGAGCAGUGAAUCAUCUUACCUAGAAACUCUCCGCCUCAAGAGCUCCCCAAAAGUCAUUCGCAAGAAGCCCACAAAGACUUCCUCAUCACACAGUGAUCCUGAUCGGGCUCGGGAAAGAAACCAUGAACGCAGCAAGUCUCAAAACAAUGACAAAGUUGGUAAACAGGAGGAUUCCAAAUCUCGAAGUAAAUCCUGUGAGAGGCCAAAGGCUUCGCUGUCUGUCCACAAAACAGAUACCAAAGAGGUUCCCCGUAAAACUGUUGAGAAAAUAGGAAACAAAUCUGGCCAUUCCUCACGGCCUCAUCUAAGCCAUAGACCGAGAGAUAACCAUGCUUCCAAGAGGCCAAACUAUUCAACAGAUGACAUAGAUGAUACUCGCCCCAUGGAUUCAUCCCAUCGUCAUGCCUCAUCACCAAUCUCCAUGUCCUCCCUGUCUAGAGACAGCGGGGUGAAUCUUCGCUAUAGCAUGUCUAGUGGAGAGGAGUUGCCUACUUUGUCAGAGAUCCAGCUAGCUGAUGCCCUACAGGGGAACGCAACACUCAAGAAGGUCAUCAAACUGAUACGACAGGCAUUUGCCUACGAUGGUUACUUGGAGAACGGAGUCGAAGACUUGGCCAUGGCUGAAUACAUCACAUCCCUUGGCAAGCUCAGCUGGCACACCUUCAGCAAUGCCAUCUCUGAGAAAUUCUGUGACCUUUACUGGGAGGAAGAUCUUCUGGCAAACCUGUAUGAGGCUGUCAAUGGACAAAAACCACCUGUCAAACCUGUCAGCGAGAUGCUUAGUAAACAUAGGUCAGUAAUUCCUAAAAAGCCACCACGUACAAAAUCUAGCAGGGAAGGGCACACGUCAUCCAGGCAGAAAGCAUCAUCUACAGUGAAUGACAAGCACAACGAUCGCGCUGGAGAAAAGAAGACAUCACCAAGCUCUGCCUCUACACUAAACAGAUGUGAGGUGAAUAGGACAUCAAAGGUGACAGGGACAAGGAGCAAAGGUCUGGAGGGGAAGAAACAGGCUGUGGAGAUAAGACUUGAAGAGGAAUCCAGAGAGAAAAGUUCAAGGAGUGCCAGCGGUAGCAAGGAGAAAAAUGAGAAAGAUGUAGGAGACAGAGGAGAGCCAAAGACUUCUCUAGCCAUGAAGCCAGACCAGACAGCAUCAAGGAAGGAUUCUUCAGCCAGUGAGAGCAAACUAAGGUUGCCUCCACGUAAGGGAAGGACAGAAUCCUCAUCACAUGAUGAGUUGCAUGCCUCUAAUAAGGAGUAUUCCAAGCAAGGUGAAAGAGAACUACCAGCAGACGCUGAAGUUAGGAAGGAUUUAGAGAGGAAUGAUCAAAAUGAUGACGGAACCGCAUGUCUUCAAAGGCCAUCAAUUGUUGCCAUGGGGAUUACAAGACGGGAUAGUAAGGAGAAACCAGAUAGAACACUAACCAAGGUGCAAAAGAGUUCUGUGGAACUGAACACUUCAGAACUUGCCAAGGAUGUAGAGAAAAAUGGCAAAUUUGGUGGCAGAAAUGGGAUGGUAUUGCAGAGACCAGAUGUGGAGCCUCUGAGGAAGAAAGAUGUUGAUGGGUCACUGAAUCUUACAAAUGAGUUUCUACAAUUGAAUACAUCCCUAGAGGAGUCUUCUUUAGUUCUGAAUACAUCAAGAGCCAGCCUCACUAGCAGUGCUGCCUCCAGCUCCAUCCUCAAUCAAGAUAAUAUCACCGCAGAUGACCCUAACAUCAGCUUGAAUGCAUCUCUGACAUCCAGUCACCUCAUGCCCUCCUUGCUGAAUUCUCCAACUUCUCCUGUUCACCGCCACAACUCAGACUCCAGCGACUCCACGAAUCGCAAGAUCCGAGAGAUGCUGAGCAAGUCUUUGAAUCGCCGCGAGAGCCAGGGGUCACUCAGUAGCACCUCUUCAGGUAACUCACGCUCACCGUUCAACAACUCGGACACCAUAUCCCUGCCUUCCAUGAGCUCUUUCAGUGAGUCUGUGGAUGAGUCAAGGUGUGGACUGCCUAGUGGGGUGUUGUAUCGAGGUGAAAGUGUUGAUCCAACUGUUGAAGCUUACACACAGCAGCUGACGAAUGCAGGAGGGACGCAGCACAACAUUGAUGCCAAGAUUGCUGAUGUUGAGCAGCAAUUAAUGAUGGAGAAGAGAAUGAGAAACAAGACAGAGAAGUUCUACCGGAAACUGGUCCACAAUCAACAAACAAAAGGGGCAGAGAACAAGAGCAUGGCGUCUAAAGUUGGCAAGCAACUCCUGGAGAUGACUAAGAGGAUAGAGUUCCUUGAGUCCUCUAGGAGACAUCUGGAGAUGCUGUAUGCUGAGCAGUGGGGAUUGGAGCUCUGCUAUCUCUAUUCAUUGGCAACAAGCCCUGGUAAGAUGACCCUUGACCUCCAAGCUAUGGAUGACAACCCACUGCUAGCCUUCAAGACCAGCCGUAAUAAAGUCUCCCUCCAAGCUGGACAUCCUUCCGGUCUCUUCUCAUUUCUCUAUGCUCGGCAUGCGCUUCUUCAAGGCUACCUUCAUCAUUUCUUUUAUACCUAUCAUUACUACACAACCCCACAAGAACUGCUGCAAUUUCUAACCAACAAAUUUAACUGUGCUCUGAGUAUGAGCAGUCAGCAUGCUGAGAAUCGUAGUAAGAUUAUGAAUCGUACAUUAGACAUUCUCCAAGUCUGGGUGGAAGGCUUCUUUGACGUUGACUUGAAACCAAAUCCUCAACUGUUGCAGGAUGUACUCGUCUUCAUCUCCGAAAAGAUUCUCUCGGUGGACUCAAAUGGCCAGUGCCUUAUUCAGUUGAUUGAGAAACGUCAACAAGACCAACCUGGCACCAGUCUACUGAUUGCUUCAAUGAAAGAUGAUGUCAGGGACCAGUUAUCGAUUGACAAGGUGUCCGGGCCCAAAAACUCUAAAGGUCUCCUGGGUACCUCUGGGCGUGGCAAACUGAAGGCUGGCAUCAUGUCUUGUCUCUCCAAGAAGGAUUCCUCCAAGCGUGUUGACAGUGCCUACCUUCCUGCUGUAUCCAUGGAGAAGGAUGGUUUCUCUCUCAAUGACCAUACCUCUCUGGCAGUGGCCCACCAGCUCACUUUGCUACAGCAGGAGCUUUUCCAUUUGGUUCAUCCCGUCCACUACCUCAACUCACGCUGCAAGGGCAUAGGGGUCAACACCAACUAUGACACGGCUGGAGGCAAAGGCCAGCCUGGUACUGAUGGUGGCGAGACACCCAGCCUGUUUGCGUCUCCACUGGGUGAGGAUGGAGCAGUUAAAGCUUUGUUGGAUUAUGCCAAGGACGUUUCGCGUUGGGUGUCUGCUGAGGUUGUUAGCUGCAGCUCCGUCAAGACCCAGCUAGUUCACCUGUCCAAGUUCAUCAAUGUGGCAAAGGCUUGCUAUGAUUUGAGGAACUUUGCCACCUGUGUCCAAAUACUAGAUGCGCUGGACAGUCUUAUCGUCAGACAAGUUCCAGCGUGGCGUAACCUCCCCUCCAAGGUGGUCACAUUGUAUGAAGAACUCUGUGCAGGCAAGGUGCUCCUUCAAGGAGACAGCGAGAGUCUCAUCAAGGGAGAUGCUCACAAGGGAUCACCAACCUUGCCCUCCACUCUGCUCUUCUUGAUGCAUGUACAACAGCUGGAGAUUGGUGGUUUCACGUUAGCUAACGGCAUGUAUAAAUGGACCAAGAUGAAAUCGAUUGCCAAGUUCGUUGACCAAAUCCGUGUAUUCCAAGAACACGCCUUCACUUUUGACCCCAACAAAGAGCUUCAAGACCUGUUAAGACAGCGCAUUCUAGAGUGCUGUGAUCAAGACAUUCAUGUCUUAGCUGCAAGACACAGCUCCAACUUCCAUCAGUUACAGUCAGACAAGAGCUCACGUAGAUUGCAGAAUGCAUUUCAGAAGGUCAGAGCAACACUGCACUAGAUUACUCUCUUGAAAUGCCACAGAUGCUACAGAAAGCUGGAGACGUUAUUUUUUAACUUUGCCAUUUUGACUGCUAUCACAAGAAUGUCUUUUACACAAAGUUUUUUGUAAAUGUGCAUCUGCAUAAUUGAACUGCUCCCCAUACACUUGUGAGUUCUAUCUUGAUAUGUUCAAGUCAAAGGAAAUAAUACAGGAAACUCCGGCUAAGUUGGCACUCUCGGGAUUUCAGACAUUAUGACGACUCACGCGAAUGCUGACUUGUGCUGUAAGUCGUCAUUCUGCUGACUUACACGUAUACGUACACAUGUAUUGCCUAUGUACAUUAUGAUUC